AUGGGGUGCCUCUGGCAGACGACGGCCGCGGGCGGCGGGGCCAGACGGAGAUGCAAUUAUGCAAGACAGCGAGUACCUUUAUCUGGAGCAUAUCUAGUUCGAUUGGGCUUGGGACUGUGGUCGCCGGAGGAAACAUAUAAGUGGAAACCACGGACCUACAAACGAGACAAACUCUUUCCCGACACUAUUUUCCCGCUACGCGGGAUCACCGAAACUACACUCCCCCCUCCCAAAUACGCCCCCACCCGAGUUUAUCGCCGUUUCCUAGACCGCCAGUUGGAAUAUUUGCCUCCGGAGAACUUUCAAUGCACUAGAAUGCAGAUAUUCAGUGGUUAGAUGCUGACAUAAUUGUUUGUUUCUCCAGGUCAACGUCCCGAAAACCCGUAAGACUUACUGCAAGGGGAAGACUUGCAGAAAACACACCCAACACAAGGUUACCCAGUACAAGGCUGGAAAGGUAUAGAAGCCCCAAGACACAUGAGUCUUAUUGUGGCCUUCCCGGAUUCUGUGCUAAAUUCUUUCACCAAAAAUGCUAGGCCUCUCUAUUCGCUCAAGGGAAGCGUCGUUAUGAUCGCAAGCAGUCAGGAUAUGGUGGCCAGACCAAGCCCGUCUUCCACAAGAAGGCCAAGACAACAAAGAAGGUUGUAUUGAGACUGGAGUGCACAGCCUGCAAGACCAAGGCCCAAUUGGCCCUGAAACGAUGCAAGCACUUCGAGCUUGGGUGCGUUCCUCCCACCCGUUCCAUCUCUAGAUGUUAUUGAUACUGAUUUCUUUUCCCAUUCACAGUGGCGACAAGAAGACCAAAGGUGCCGCAUUGGUUUUCUAAAUACAAAAAAUCUUUUUCGGUGUUACAUUUUGCUUUUUUUGUCCUUGGUCUUUCUCCCCCUGGCAGUGCGCCGUCGCCGGCUCGGGCUGGGAUUCUGCUGUGGUUGUAUCCAAUUACUAGCGGUAUCAUUUCGCAAAACCUAUCGGUUGGGAUUGGAAUAGAUGUUUAAACCCCCCAAUGUGCUUGUUUUGCGGGCGGGGAGGAUUCGGGCCAGUCUCAUCCCAUACCUAUCACUAAAUCCCCUCGAAAAUUCAGAGACAUAUCUCCCCUUUGUUUCCGGGUUCAGUGAUGAAUUUUCGCCGUUGAAGAACUCCAGUUUAAUACGAGCUUCCGUUGAGCCCGACCGGACCCUAGAUUCCUGCCAGUGUCAAUAAUUAUUAGUUUUUACUUGCUGCUCGACGCAGGACAGUCCUGAAGUCUUAUGAAGCCUACUAUCCUGUUAUAGGCGGAUAGAAUUACUCCUUGUGUCCACAAUUUUCUCUCGGCGGCACAACAUUCU